CAAUCAUGUGAUUCUCGAAGCUCUUCCUGAAUAGCGCUGCAGAUGCUCUCUAGAAAACAUUGCAGACUUCCAUACCUUAUUCACUAAUUCGCUUCUUGUGUGUCAGAAUGAAAAUGCAGCUCAUAAUUUUGAUUUCUUUGUUUGUUAUCGGAGCAAUGGCGGGGAAGUACUCAAAAGAAAUGAAUGAACAACAGGCAUCUGAUAAAAACAACAAUCAAGUGGAAUUCAGGAUUGCCAAACUAAACCAGGUUUGGGAAAAGGCGAUAAGAAUGCAGCUUGCACCGGUGCGGCUCUCAGAACUGCACAGUGACUUGAAGAUCCAGGAGAAAGAUGAACUUCAGUGGAAAAAACUGAAAGCAGAAGGGUUGGAUGAGGAUGGAGAAAGAGAAGCCAAGCUCAGACGCAAUUUUAAUAUUAUUCUAGCAAAGUAUGGAAUGGAUGGGAAAAAAGACACCCGGGCAUUGGACAGCAACAGACUUAAAGAUCAUGAUGUUAAAGAUGGAGAUACAUUUGAUGACCCGAGGCUGGACAAGCUGUGGAACAAGGCCAAGACUUCUGGCAAGUUCUCUGACGAGGAGCUCCAGACCUUGCAGAGAGAAUUCCAUCACCACAAAGACAAACUCAAUGAGUAUAACAUUGUCAUGGACACUGUCAGCCGGACCGAAGAGAUCCAUAAGAACGUAAUCAGUCCUCUGGAGGGUGACACGAAGGAACAUGUUCUCCAUCAGAAACAUUCAGAUCUGAAGCAGAGAAUGAGGGACCUUAACCAGGGCUUUGAACGACUCCGCAAGAUCACCCAUGAGGGUUACAGUGCUGACAGUGAAUUUAAGGAGCCAAGAGUCAUAGAACUUUGGGAGAUGGCAAAAAGAUCUAAUCUGACUGAAGUCGAACUUGACUCUCUUAAAGAGGAACUUAGACACUUUGAAACAAAGGUUGAGAAGCACCAGCACUAUCAGGAGCAGCUGGAACUGUCUCAUCAGAAACUGAAGCAUGUGGAGGCUUUGGGAGACAAAGAACACAUAACGAGAAACAAAGAGAAAUACAAUGCUCUUGCUGAGAAAGCACGAGAAAUGGGAUACAAGAUGAAGAAACACUUGCAGGACUUGACGAAUAAGAUUUCCCAAAAUGGACUGCAACACAAUGAACUCUGAAUACCAUUUUUUAUUUUUUUUUAUUUUUUUUACCAUAACAGGACAACUGUUAGCUAUAAUCAUUCAGAGGUCACAUAUGCUGUAUUCUAAAAUGUUAUCCAACACAGAUGGCCCAGGCUUAUAAAGGUACAUUGUACAUGAAUUGAACAUUGUCAUUAGGAAGCUAUAGGCUAUGGGGUAAAUUAUUUUGAAAUGGUACUGAGUAGUGAUGAGUUGUCAUGAACAAUGGUACCAACCCUGAACAGGCGUGAUUUAAUAUUUUGAUAACAUGACAGAUUCAGGAAAAAGAUGUGCUUCAGAGGAACGGAUUGAAAAGUCUAAAAUGUAAUGGAGAAAGAAAAAAAAAAGAAAAAAGAAAGCCAAGCUCAAGCACUUAAUUAGCUGGAUUUGGCAAGGUAGACCUUGAGUCAACCAUUAUAUUGACUGAAUCUCUAAACAGCAUUGAAUAUAAAGUCCAUUACCAUGAUUGACAGUGUUGUCCCGAGGUAGACUUGAAUCAGCAUCCUCGGUUUAAACAAUUCCAACAUUUAGAUGUUUGUCACAAACAACUCUAAUAUUAACUACGCACUCAUUCUUAAAUCUUUGACCCUGUUACCCUGUUCUCAUUUUAAUCAUGGAAAAUAAUACAGUCAUCCACAAAUUUGUACAUAGAUUACAAUGCAGAAAUACAAUUAGCAUAUACUGGAAAGCAAUUCUCACCUGAAGGCCAAUGUAUAACCAAAUAUUUGAAGGCCCUCCUAUAUUUUUCAGUUUAUAUCUUGGUUGUAUGUGUGCUUUUCCCAUUCCUCAUUUUAUAGUUUAGAUUAGAGGUUUUUUUUUUUACAUUAAUAUUAUUUUUAACAUUAAUAUUGAAAGUUUUAUAAAUGUUAAUUUCAAUAUAUUUGACUCAUGCUGAGGCCCCCUAGUGGGCCCUGGACCCCAGGUUGAGAACCGCUGAGACACCUGCCAAAUAUAAUUUUACUUUGCAUUUUUUUCAGCAUAAAUCGAGAAAAACAAACAUUGAACUGAAAAAUGCAUAUGAAUUUAAUAAUUUCUUAAUAUUUGGUAUCUUCUUUGUUGAUUCAAAAAGGACAAAUUACAUGGAAUUGCAUGAACUUGUAUGAACGUUUGUGUAAAACCUGAUCAUCCACAUUUUGUACUUCAGUGGACGCAAGGAAAUUAAAAAAUUAUGGAAAAAUU